AUGUCGAACACUAUAGCUCCUUUUUGGAGCUGGCCCCCCCAGGUGAUUGAUGCUACAAACCCUAUGGGCUACACUUAUAUGCCCGCUUUCGCCACUGCUUGUGGCACGCUAUACAUGGUUUAUACACUUCCUUUCUGCAAUACCUGUCUGACGUAUUCCCUCGGGAGUGACUUGCUAUGGAAAGCAUGUACUCCGAUCACGACAAACCUUCUCACAAAUUCGCAGCCUGCGCUUAUUAGCUUGGAUGAGUCGCUCUAUGCCUUUGUUCCCUCUAUUACACAAAAUACAGAAGAUAAGCUAUCAGUCUACUCGUUAGACCCCUCUAGCGACAACGGAUGGACACAUCUGUGCGACUACAAUACGGCUUCGGGAAGCGGCAACAUUACAGGCGUCGUGUAUCACGAUGUAGUUGUCCUGGUGCAGACCAUACAAGGUGCUGAUACAAAUGUAAGCACCCUGAACUGCAUCACCAUGUCGACUAAGGAUAUCAAGAAUCCUACGAACUGGAGCACCAGUACGAAAAUCAAUGGCUUGAGCAGCGGGUGCAUCAGCAUGUAUAUCAGGAAAGAAGACCUUGAUAGUAAUCCGGACGGUAGCAUCAGGUUCAUGUACUUUGACCUCGAGUCUCUCGGGCCCCGCGAGUUGACUCUGGACAUGGUAGCUAUGGCAUGGUAUCCUUCCCCCAUCUCUAUGCCUGAGGGAACAGGAUCAUUUAACACUGGUUUCGACUCGGCUGAAUCCGGUAUCGGCGCGGCCGCCUCGCCAGAUGGCAUGCUGGUUUGGGCCAAUCUACAGCCCGACAAUGAUGCGAACAAAGUGGCAAUGUUCAGGUACUCGGUCGCUAGGGGAUCGGAAGACUGGUCCCAACAGUUUAUCUUCCAGGUCGACCCAAGCUACACUUUCGAAGUCCCAUUGUCGAUGACCUACCUGUACGGCGACUUGAUUGUUGCUUGGCCAAGUCUCGAAGCAAUUCGAUUUUCGAUGCAACGGCCGGGUGGAUGUUUUGACCUGACGUGCUGGAUGAAGGCUAUUGACGAUUCCCUUCUUGUUUCCGAAUUGAGCAUACCGGGUACUCAUGCCUCAGCCACUAGCUCGGACCUCACUUUGUUCACAUCCAAAAACUCAGUUGAACGCCGGCAAAACAUGAACAUAACCCAGCAGCUCAACGCGGGCAUCCGCUUCUUGCACUUCAUCAUCGGUAUAUCUGGAGACUCAGGCUCACAGACUAUAUCACUCUACACUCCGAGAAACGUGUUGAUCAACGUUGAGAUUUCAACGCUGAUAGCGUCUCUUUCCAAAUGGCUCGAUGGCCAUUCCAGCGAAGGCAUCAUCUUGUUUUUCUCUCCAUUAGAUCCGCAGCAAAACCCCACCGCCAUAAUCGGCGCACUCAACACAGCCAUUUCUCCAUACCUGAGUUACUUUACUCCUACAUCCUCGGCACCGACUAUAACUAUGGGCCAACUGCGAAAUAAGAUUCUUCUUAUGCAUACUAUAGAUCAGGAACUCAACUCUCAAACGAGCAUAUCGGCCGGCAUCAGCCUCGGAACCUCCUACCCAGACACUACUAAGAAACAAAUAGUCUCAUUUACAACAGACUCUGGCAUUCCAUUUACAGUCCAGGAUCAUGCGAUAAGCAAUGGCUCAGCCACUGAGGUUGAAACCGACAUUAAUGGGAAAAGUGCUCUGGUCGUCACGAUGCUAGAGAAGACCGCCGAGACCGGAAGUGCUACGGGCCCUCUACGACUAACGAUUCCCUGA